CGAAGCUUCCAUGUCUGCUGUCAACAACAAUGGGCCAGUUGUCUUCCGCGCACUACAUUGAACGCCCCGGGUCUGGCCCCGGUGGGGACAAAGCUGGCGCGCGCAGCUUGCUCAUAAUCGGGUUCUCCUCCACCACGGCUAUCAUUCGAUCAACGAUGGCUGCAGACUCUGGUCACGGCGCAAGGUUUGAAACCCCGAGCCGAAGGAUGCGCGGUCCAUACAUCGCUGGAUGGCCUUUGUAGGCUGCUUGCGGCAACGGACCCCUGCUUUGUUGUCGACGCCCGUCGAACGGGCCCCUCUUUCCAAAAUCAUGGUCUUCGUAAGUCGUGAACCCUCCAACAUCGUGUGCAGGACCGACGACAGCUACCUGAAGGGGAACCGAAACGUGUACUCCUCGCACCAGGCCUCGAUCUCCCUUGAUUGACGCCCGGCCCCGACUUCUCGUAACUUGACACACGAGCGAGCUUUUGACGGCUCAGGGUUGUGUUUGAGGCUGCGCACGCGCCUCCGACAAUGU